CACACACAGUCCCAAGUUCCGUCGUAAUACCCCGAUCUAACCUAUUCGUGUAUUCGGCUGUGGACGUAAAGUAAACGAGUUUCGCUUUAUAUUACUCUCUUAGAAAUCUGCUUCGAAAUUGGUAGAAAGACACGGGCGAGCGACGUUGAUUUAUUUUUUCCACCACUACUGCCACAAGCUUAACACGAUCGGAAUCUGCAUUCCGGCAUAAAGCAGAGCCUUGGAGCUUUCCACUAAUCAUUUAUCGAAAUUCUUUCCAAGCAAGCAGGAUAUCAAUAAAGGACAAGGAUGGGCCGAGGAAAAUUCAUUAAUCAUAAAGGUCGCAACCGACAUUUCACAAAUCCCGAAGAAUUAGAAGAGCAGCGCAGACAAGAAGAAGAAAAACGAAAAUUAAGACAAAAUAAAGUAAGUGAUACAUCGAGUGACGAAGAAGAUGAAGCUGCUGGUGGGAAGAAUGAUGAAUCAGAUAGCGAUGACAGUGACAGUAAAUCAGAGUCUGAUACCGAGAGUAAAGCGAAAGGAGUGGAAAAUUUAAUUCAAGUGGAAAAUCCAAACAGGGUACAAAAAAAAGCAAAGAAACUUUCACAAUUAAAUGAAGCACUCGCAAAUGCUUCAAAGCCUGAACUAUCCCGACGAGAAAGGGAGCAAUUGGAAAAAGAAAGAGCAAAGGCGAACUAUCAAAAAUUACAUGCUGCAGGCAAAACAGACCAAGCUAGAGCAGAUUUGGCAAGACUUGCUAUUAUUAAGCAGCAAAGAGAGGAAGCAGCUAAAAAGAGAGAGGAUGAGAAGAAAGCUAAGGAAAUGGCUGCCCAAAAGCAGAAGGAAAUGACGCAGAAAGCUUUAGGCAAAAGAACUUAGAUUGAAGCAAAUGCUUUUGCCUAGACUAAGAAUCCCAAUCAUUGUACACUUUGUAUCUCGAAACUUCAAAGAAAAUAACCUACAACCUGGAUAAAGGCUUUUCAUUGUGGAUGAUUCAAGAAAUCAUUUUUCGUUCAUUUUUGCUUGACAAAGAAAAUAAUGCAGAUGACAUUUAUUACAUCCUCGAGUUGAAAUAAAUAAGUUUCUAUCUAAUAGAUUUGUUAAAAUUAAAUAAAUUGUGUGACUUUCAGUUUAAGGUUUUCAUAAUAUACGAUUUUUAUCAUAUUUCUACAAUUUUUUAAUUUAACAAUUUAGUACAUGUUCUUAAAACUUUCAUUAAUUAAAAUCUUGCGAAAAAUGAUUGACAACUGUUAUCGUUUUCAAUGGGAAUUUCUAGUCGAGGUUUAUCCUUAUUUUAUAGCUACUCUUUAUACUAAAGUUUUCGAAAAGAAAAUACAAAUUAAUUAGUAUAUAUUUUAUAAUUUGUACUUUUGGAAACAUGAUGACGAGAAUGUUAUGUAUGUUUAUGACUUUUUGUAUAAUUAAAUAAUGAAGUAGCAUUUAUCGUUUAAUAACAAAUAUGAGAAAACUAUCGCUAUAAAAUUACAAAAGUUAGCGAACAAAUUUCGGUAUAAAUUACUGAAGCUUCCAUAGUAAUUCUCGAAAUUGUCAAUAAGUGUUAAAUAUCGACGUUUUCAACAUUAAUUAAGAAUUCUCCGAGCAACGUAAGGAAGCCGCGAUUUGAGAAAUUUCUUUUAUUACGUGAUUUCUAAUAAAAAAAUGUUGAAAGUGAAAAACAU